GUCUUUGCCGCGAUGACAGAUGAUAUACGGAGCUGCACACCUCAUAACACCUGCCAUUUCGACAGGCCCUGGUGAUGGACCAAGCCUCCGAGAAAGAUAACCCAGGCCGCAACGGGCCUCAAGAAGAUGAGCCACCCAAGGGCGAUGAAUACCGCACAUCACGGCCUGGUAAGGUCCGGCUGAAAUCUAAACAUUCGUUAAGGGAGAAAUCCCGCGAUAAGAAGCGAUCGCGAGAGGAAGACAGCCAUUACGAAAGCAGUAGGCACCGUUAUCAACACCGCCGUCGCCGUCAUCGCCAUCACAAAGACCAUGAGACUGAGCCAGAGCCCGCGGAGUACCGUUCUCCACCUGUUUCGCCCAACACAGCGUUUCGUGAGUCGUUAUUCGAUGCGCUCGCGGACGACGAAGGGGCGGACUACUGGCAAGCCGUGUACGGACAACCAAUACAUACGUAUGCUAGACCAGAUGAGAGGGGAGAAUUAGAAAGAAUGACUGACGACGAAUACGCUGCCUAUGUUAGAGCGCGUAUGUGGGAGAAAACGCAUCAGGGCUUACUAGAAGAGAGGGAACGGCGUCGAAAAGUACGUGAAGCCGAUAGAGAGCGGGCAAAAGGAUACGGAAACUAUUCUGGAAGAGCAGAGACGGAACGCGAAGCAUUUGACAGGAUGGUGGAAGAAAGUUUGAAGCGUGGGAAGGAGAGAAAGUCAAGAAAAGAAAAGACGAAUACUUGGCUUACAAUCUGGAAACGGUAUCUGGACUCCUGGGAAGAGUUAAAUGCGCAGGUUCAAGAAGGUAGACCUUCAUCUAGUGCAGCGGAUUCGCUCCGUAAUACUCUUGUUUGGCCUGUUGAAUCUGGCAGGCAAAAGGAUGCGAAUAUUGACUCCGUGAGGCAGUUUCUGUGCAAUGCUCCUGUUCCGCAGAUCACUACGGAAGCUCUCAGUUCUACACAAUCUAAGCACAGCAAUAUGCUAGCUGUGUUGAAGCUGGAGCGUGUUCGAUGGCAUCCUGACAAAAUACGGCAUAGGUACGGGGCGCUGGGAGUUGACGAAGAUAUAAUUAAGGCUGCCACUGAAGUAUUCCAAAUACUCGAUCGAAUUUGGGUAGAAGAGCACGCCAAAUGA